AUGGACAAUGAAGUAUCUUCUGGAGGCCUCCACAUUGUAUGCCAGUAUAGUAACAACGUCGCCACCUUCGGUUACUGGCUAAACAAAAACCCUUUGAAUUACACCGUUCCCCUUCUACUUCUGCAGCUUUCGGUUAUCAGUUUGGUUUCGAUGCUCAUCGAGAUCUGCCUUCACCCUCUCGGACAAUCUUCCAUCGUCUCACAAAUUCUCAGCGGCAUACUAUUCGGGCCAUCCGUACUCAGACACAAGAGCGUCAUGGGCCCGAUUCUAUUCCCGGCCCGUAGCAUCUUAAGCCUCGAGACUGCCGCUGUCUUCGGACUCAUGUUCUUCCUCUUCGCCAUCGGCAUCCGAACCGACACCCGCAUGAUGGUCCGACCAGCCCGGCCCGCCGUCAUCCUCGGAUUCUUUGCCAUGUUCAUCACCGCCCUUUUCACCAUCCCUUUCUCCCUCCUCUUAAAAACCUACGUCCGCAUGGACGACAGCCUGGCGGCCGCCCUCCCGGCUAUCGCCGCUGGCCAGAGCAUGACCGCCUUCCCGAACGUCUCGUGCCUCCUAAUCGAGCUAAGGAUGGCGAGCACCGACCUCGGCCAGAUCGCCAGCUCGACUGCCGUUUUGUGUGAUAUAAUUGGAAUCAUGAUGCUCGUAGUCAACAUCUCGAUCCUCCAUUCGAACUAUGACCCGCGGAGAUCCGUGCUCUCGAUGUCGUCGGCCUUUUUAUUUAUACUAGCUAUGGCGUAUGUCGUGGGCCCGUUUAUACGUCGGGUUAUGAAACGAAUACCGCCUGGGAAGCCUCUAGGGGACACGCACGUUUUCUUUUGCUUCGCGGGUGUCCUUGCGGCCGGGUUUGCGACGGAGUUGAUCGGGCAGCAUUUUAUAUUGGGCCCAGUGAUGUUGGGGUUUGUGGUGCCCGACGGGCCUCCGCUAGGCGGGCCCAUGAUCUCAAAGUUGGACCUUAUGAUCGGGAAGUUCUUGUAUCCGACGUUCCUGACGACGAGCGGGCUCAAGACCAACAUGUUUACGAUCAACGAGCGCUCCUUCUGGAUCAUGCUCGUUUUGAUAGUGUUUGCCUGCAUGGCGAAGAUCGGGUCCGUCAUGCUCGCGUCUCGAUUUUUCCUCGGCAUGUACAGCAGGGACGCGUUCGUGGUGGGGCUCAUGCUGAACGCGCGUGGGGUGAUCGAGCUCAUCAUGUACAAUACGUUGAGAGACGGCGGAGUUUUAACCGAUCAGGAGUUCGCGCUGAGUGUACUGUCGGUGAUCGGGGUCAUGGCCGUCAUCACCCCACUCAUCAAGCUCCUGUAUGACCCGUCGAGACGGGAAUGCGGGGCCCACGGGUGGAGGCGGCAGACCAUCCAGCACACGAAGCACGGGAUGGAGCUUCGAAUUCUGGUGUGCAUAAAGGACCAAGAGAGCGUGUCGUCGCUCGUCACCCUCCUCGGGGCAUCCAACGCCACCAAAUACAAUCCGGUCGCCAUUAUCGCCUUAGUCCUCGAGGAGCUCGUGGACCGAGCCACGCCGAUGCUUGUGGCCCACCAGUCGAUUCGGCCCGACGAUGGGUCUGGGUCGAGCCGCAUUGUCAACGCGCUCCGCCAGCUGGAGGUUAGCAGACAGGGGUACUUGACGGUGCAGACAUUCUUGGCCGUGUCCCAUCUGGACAUGGCCCACGACGAUAUAUGUCGGGUGGCGCGGGAGCAGGAAGCGGCGCUCGUCGUCCUCCCAUUCCACAAGCGGUGGGAGAUUGACGGGUCGAUUGGGACGGUGAGCAAGGCGGUCCAGAGCAUGAACGUACGGGUCGUGGGCGGGGCGCCAUGCUCGGUGGCGAUUUUAGUUGACCGGGGGGUGGUGGUGCCAGCGGGGCAGGUCUACCGGGUGGUGGUGGUGUACAUCGGCGGGGCAGACGAUGCGGAGGCGUUGUGGUAUGGAGCGAGAAUGGGGGCACAUGAUGACGUGGCGCUGACGGUGGUGAGGUUUUUGUUGAAAGGGUGUGGCGGGGAGUGGGUGAGGGAGAGGAAGGCGGAGAGCGGGGUGGUGGAGGAGGUAAGGGCGGCGAACGUGGAGAAUCAGAAUUUUGUGUACAAGGAGGAGGUGGUUGGGGACGGGGUGGGGCUGGCCGGGGCGCUGAAGGGGGUGGAGAAAGGGUUUGACCUGGUGAUGGUGGGGAGAGAGCACGGGACGUACUCGCACGCGCUGAAGGGGCUGGGGAUGUGGAGCGAGUGCCUGGAGCUGGGGGUGGUGGGGGACUUACUCUCGUCGGAGGAUUGGGGGGGGACUGCGUCGGUGCUGGUGGUGCAGCAGCAGAGGAUGAUGUGGGAGGGAAGGAGGAGGAUGACGAAAAGAGCGGUGGUGAGGCCAGAAUGGGCGGGGCAUGAAGAUUGGAGUCCUGUUGGUCGUGUGUAG